GCUGGCCGACGAUGUGGUCUUGUCGGAUCGACGGGUCUUGUAGCCUCCAUCUGGUGAUAUUGCUCGAUGUGUUCAGCAAGAAAACGGGAACGCUCCCCCACCUCAUUUGAUUGGGUACUUUCACUCGGAGGUGCAGGAGAGGCCUGAUCGCGUCCCCUGCGCAAGACAGAUAUAUAGUCGUCAAAGGCAUUCGAGCGCUCUAAUGACCUCCUGAGACGUUCGGUGUUGUCAACUGGGGAAAUGACAGGCUCAGGCGUGGGAGAUAGAGGAGUAACGUCUGGAAUUGGCAGCGGCAAAAGCGAGGGGCUGCUCAGGACGGGAAGAGGCGCAGUGGGAAAUACACUGAUUGCGACGGCAUUGGGAGAUGCAGUAAACGAGGCAGAGCCGCUAAGGUCCUGCUGCACCUGUAUGGCAUCCCCUCUUUCUGGGGAAUCGCUACGCGCUCGCUUACGACUAUUCCGCCCAUUCCGCCCAUGCCUGGUGUCAGAACUGCUUGAGGCGCUGCCACUCGCCUCUGGAUAUUCGCUGUCCUCUGAUAUCUGACCAAAGGAACGUUUGGACGAAGAAGAGGGCUCUAUGAAGAAGGCAGGUUCAUGGGCAGACAUAAGUCUGAAUCAAGGUGGCUCUUGAGGUCAGGGUAAUGAAGAUGUAAGCUAUCCAGAAGCGAUGAAAAGGGCACAAACGUCGACAGCGACGGUCGAGUUUGUAGUGUGAGACAAAUGAUUCCUUGUUCUGUUACAGAGUCUUUGGAAGUAGGAAGGAGGUCGUGGUAAAGGAGGAGGUGCCAGUGGCAAGGGCGAAAUACAAAGGCCAUAUAUAGACGUGUGUGCAGCUUAGUCAGCACCAUGACUCGCUGCGAGAAUUGUGCUAGUAGAUCCUGAGUGGACUGUAUUCUUGGGUUGGCUGUGACCCUCGACCUCUCCAGUCCUACAGCUUCCUCUCAAGUUUCCACCAUGCUCGCUACCAGCCGUACCCUCUCCGUACGCAAUGGAAAGCGUGCAAUCCUUGCUGCCCCCCGUCCUGCUGCCGUUCACAUAGUUAGGCAGCGGCAGCUGGUCCCUGCCCGGUCAAUCAACUCUGUUGCACAGACUGACAGGGAUACGAUUACCCGACUCCUCUAUUCCAUUGGAACCAAGCGUGAAGUGGAGCGCUACCUCAGAAUAUUCUCAUCUUCCUCAGAUGCAAAUCAGCCUGCUAAAUUUGCUGUCAUCAAGAUCGGUGGUGCCGUGCUUGACCAGGUUGACGAACUCGCUCUCAACCUCUCUUUCCUCUACCGUGUCGGUCUUUACCCUGUUGUGCUCCAUGGUGCAGGUCCCCAAUUGAACGGCAUCAUCGAAAGCGAGGGUAUCGUUCCGGAUUACAUCGAUGGUAUUCGUGUAACAGAUGCGAAGACUCUUUCGAUCGCACGGCGUGUUUUCCUCGAGGAGAACUUGAAACUCGUUGCUGCACUCGAAAAGCUAGGAACCCGGGCUCGCCCCAUCACCUCUGGUGUUUUCACCGCCGACUAUCUCGACAAAGACAAGUACGGCCUUGUCGGUAAAAUUACAAGGAUUGAUAAACGUCCUCUAGAGGCAUCCAUUCGUGCUGGUGCACUGCCAAUCCUGACCAGUUUGGCAGAGAGCGACAGCGGUCAGAUCUUGAAUGUGAAUGCGGAUAUCGCGGCAGGUGAGCUUGCGAAGGAGCUCGAGCCUAUCAAGAUUGUUUUCUUGAACGAGAAGGGUGGUUUGUUCCACGGUGUGACGGGCGAAAAACUCGAUGUUAUCAAUCUCGACGAGGAAUACGAGGAGUUGAUGAAACAACCAUGGGUCAAGUAUGGUACCAAGCUCAAACUACGAGAAUUUAAGGAACUCUUGGACAACCUACCCCGUACCUCAUCCGUAGCUGUCAUCUCAGCAGAUAUGCUCCAGCGCGAACUCUUCACCGACACUGGUGCAGGAACCCUCAUUCGUCGUGGCUACAAACUAUACAAACACGACUCUAUCGACAGUGUCGGUCCGGAUCGCUUGCGUCAAGUCAUCCACGACCGAGACCCAGAUGUUCUGGCCGGAGAUCAAAGCGUCACUGGUGUCCUCAACGAGUUGAAGAAGGCACCCUACACGAUUUACGGAGAUGAACCAAUGGACGUCGUUGCGAUCGUCACUCGUCCGGAAGGCGAGAUUCCCGUUAUGACCAAACUUCUCGCCUCGCGGUCUGGUGUUUUGAACGGGAUCGUUGACAACGUGUGGCAUGCCAUCAAGAAGGACCACAAAAAGCUCUUCUGGACUGCACGCGCGGACGAUGAGAAUCGUGCUUGGCAUUUCGAGAGAGCGGAUGGAAGCUUCACAAGGAAUGGAAAGAGUUUGUUCUGGUAUGGUAUACAUGAUGUGGAUGAAGUUGAGAAGAUUGUAAAGGGUUUCGAGGCCAAUGGACGGAUCGCUAGGAGUUUCCUGCCUGUCGGACCGCGUCAUCGCCCCUCCGCUGCUUUGGGAACAAGGUCGUACUCGAGUUUCGCAAGACGUGUCCUUCCUGGUUCUCAAAGAGGAUAUGCAACCGCUGCUCCUUCGACUCAACCAAAACGCGUGGCUCUGAUCGGUGCUCGUGGCUUCACUGGUCAAGCACUCACCUCGAUCCUCUCUCAACAUCCUCACUUGGAACUCACACAUGUUUCGUCGCGUCAACUCGCUGGAUACCCUCUCAAGGAGUACGCCAAGUCCAACAUCACAUACUCUAACUUGAGUGUCGAGGAUGUGGAAAAGAUGGAGAAAGAAGGCGAGGUCGAUGCCUGGAUCAUGGCCUUACCAAAUGGCAUCUGCAAGCCUUUCGUUGAUGCAGUAGAUCGGGGGGCGAAGGAGAGGGGAACUGACAGGAGUGUUGUGGUGGAUUUGAGCGCGGACUAUAGAUUUGAAAACGGUUGGACAUACGGACUUCCUGAGCUCUACUCUCGCGAGAACAUCCGUGCCGCAAAGAGGAUAUCAAACCCAGGAUGCUACGCCACCUCGACUCAGCUCCUUGUUGCGCCUCUCUUGAACCACCUUAAGCCUGGCGUUUGGCCAACCGUGUUUGGUAUUUCUGGAUAUAGCGGUGCAGGCACUAUCGCCGGUCCUCCCGAAGCGGAUGGACGACCUACAACUGCACCUAAGGUCACACCCGAAAGCCUUGGUGGUGGUAUUCGACCUUAUGCUCUGACCAACCAUAUUCACGAACGUGAGGCUGGCUAUCACCUAUCACAUCUCCUUGCAGACCCGUCGCAAGCUUUCAAGGUUGCCUUCAUCCCUAAUGUUGCACCAUGGUUCAGUGGAAUCACCUCCGUCUUGUCCAUGCCUCUGAAUGGGAAGUUGAACGCGAAGAAUGUGCAAGAGUUGUAUGAGGAGAAGUACUCUGGCGAGAAGCUAGUGACGAUCAAGAAGGAGGUGCCCACACUCCCGGAUGUGGAGGGUAAGCACGGAUGGUCCGUCGGUGGGUUCCAGGUACACAGUGACGGAGAUCGGGCGGUUGUUGUGGGUGGUUUGGACAACUUGCUCAAGGGUGCUGCUACUCAGUGCCUUCAAAACUUGAACCUUGCUUUGGGUUACGAUGAAUACGCUGGAAUUCCUCUCUAAUGUGCUUCUCAUCGAUCAAGUGCUAGAUCUGUUUCUUUGCCGGUAUUCGGACAUAUUGUGCACAAAAGUAUGGAAGUUUUUCUAUCCUUGGAGAUACAUACUAUUCCUUCUGUCUUCUACAGUAUAACCAUAGUCAAAAUUACCCUAACGUACUAGAUACAUAGAACGAUCAUUAUUAGCGAAUGUGGAACGAAAGCAGUAUACGAAACAUGUACCAACAAUGUCGAAGCAAGCUCAAGGAUGCAUGGUAUAAUCUUAGAUGAACGAAAAAAAUGAAACAUGGAUGAAAGAUGAACCCGAUGUCCUUGUUCAAUCGUAUUCCUUCAU